AUGGCCUUCAUGAAAAGCAUACUCUUUGAGAAGAAGACCUUGAAGAGAGAUGAAACUGUAGUCUUGACCAAGGAGUGCAAUGAACUAAUCCAGAGGAAGCUACCCAAGAAGAUGCCAGACCCCGGAAGCUUCCUAAUUCCCUAUAUCAUUGGGAAUGUUAUGUUUGAGAAAGCACUAUGUGACCUUGGUUCAAGCAUAAAUCUAAUGCCGCUCUCCGUUAUGAAAAAGCUGGGAAUCCAAGAGGCACAUCUUACAAGAAUAGCACUGGAGAUGGCUGACAAGUAUCGGAAGCAGGCAUAUAGGCUAGUGGAGAACGUACUGGUCCAGGUUGGAGAACUAUUCCUCCUGGCAAAUUUUUUGAUACUGGACAUGGGGAGGAUACAAAUGACUCCAUCAUCCUAG